AUGGGACUGGUCUAUACAAUAGAAGCAAUUUCGCCGACAUCAUCGGAUGCGCGAAUCCCGGUAGUUCUGAUUCACGGCUUUGCUGGCGGUGUAGGGCUUUGGGCAGCCAAUAUUGAUGCCGUUGCAAAGCGACGCUUUGCCUACUGCUUUGAUUUACUUGGUUUUGGCCGUUCAUCACGCCCGACGUUUGCUAAGGAUCCCGCACUGAUCGAGCUGCAAUUUGUACAGUCAAUUGAGGAUUGGAGGAAAGAAAUGCAAAUCAGCCAAAUGAUUCUUGUGGGUCACUCGUUCGGUGCAUUUUUAGCAAGUUCUUAUGCGAUCGAGAAUCCGGAACGGGUACGCCAUUUGGUUCUCGUUGAUCCUUGGGGAUUUCCGGAAAAGCCGCCAGAACCGCCGAGACAAGUGGGAGUCUCACUAAUCAAGAAAAUGCGGCCUGAUUUGAGCCUUCGUUAUGGAUGUGCAGAUCCAAAUGCCAUUUACGAGUACAUUUAUCAGUGCAAUGCUCAGGAGCCGACGGGUGAAACAGCCUUCAUUGAUAUGAGCUUCUCGUUUGGUUGGGCAAAGAGGCCGAUGCUCGGCCGGUAA